UCAUUAGAUGCCGGAAGUAAUGUCACAUGGGUCAUCCAACCUCCAAAGUCCUACUGGAUGUGCUUCCAGCAGCUAUUGGGUGAUUAAUACCUGUAUAAAGCUCGUGGAAAUGUAUGAAUAAACUUUAAUCGCGUGCUUUUAGAUGUAAUGAAGCGAUGCUGGAGAUUUUAAACACUGGGUGACGUAUUUAUGAUGAAUACGGUCCAGCUGAAGCUCAGGUCCUUUACAUCUCUGAUUUCCAAAGGCAGAGCUGCUUCACUGGCUGUCGCACGCUGUGAUUCUCGUUUCCACCGGACUCUUUUGCAGUUUUUCCGAACAAUGGCGACUAACAGUAACCCGGAGGUGGGAAGACCGCUGGGUGUGAAGAAACCUAAGCAGAAGGAAACGCUGCGGCGAGUGAAAAUCAAAGAGUGCCGGGCGAAACAGUGGAGCCUUCACGGACCGUCCACGGUGUACCUGCAGGUGAUCGGUGCUGGGAGCAGAGACAGCUGUGCGUCACUGUACGUCUUCUCCGACUACAACAGAUACCUGUUCAACUGUGGUGAAGGAACACAGAGACUCAUGCAGGAGCACAAGCUGAAAGCCGCUCAGCUGGACAACGUCUUCCUGACCAGGAUGAGCUGGAAGAAUGUGGGCGGUUUAUCAGGGAUGAUUUUAACCUUGAGGGACAUUGGUGUUCCAGAGUGUGUCUUUUCUGGACCUCCACAGCUGGAGAACUAUCUGAAUGCCAUUAAGUUGUUUUCUGGCCCACUGGAUGACAUCAAGCUGUCGGUUCGACCGUACACUGAGGAGGCGUAUGCAGACGACACAAUGACAAUUCAUCAAGUGCCAAUAUUUGCCCAUAUGAGGGAUGACAGCAGGAAAUGUUCCCCCAACUCCGGCAGCAGAAGCCCUCCUGGAAGACCUCCAUCUCCCAGGAUGGACGUCGAGUCAGGUGAAAGACGAAAAGCAACUGCAGAUUUGGUGGUUGCCUUCAUAUGCAAGCUUCACCCCAGGAAAGGAAAUUUCUUAGUGCCUCAAGCCAAGGAGCUCGGUUUGCCUGUAGGCACAGCAGCAAUCGGUCCCCUCAUCGCGGCUCUGAAGGCCGGAAAAAGCGUCGUGUACGAAGGAAAAGAGAUCCGACCUGAGCAGGUCUGUACGCCCACUGACCCGGGACAAGUCUUUAUUAUUGUCGAAUGUCCAUCUGAGGAGUUCGUCAACGCUGUUUGCACCAAUCAGCAGCUGAGCAGACACCAAACCGGCGGAUCAGAAAAUCCUGCAGUGGUUAUCGUCCACAUGACUCCCGAGGACGUUUUGAAAACAGAUCAAUACAAGAAGUGGAUGGAGAGGUUUCCAUCCACAACUGAACACCUGAUCCUCAAUGAACACGUCUGCACGGUCCACAACAUCAGAAGUCACAAGCUUCAAACCCAGCUGAACAUGAUCCACCCUGAGAUUUUUCCAGAACUCAAGUCUUACAGAACAAAGGAGCCUCAGGCCGCCCUGCAUGUCCCAAACGUCAGAGCCGAGUGUCUCCUGAAGUUCCAGCUCAGACCCGUAAUGGAGUGGCAAAGAGAUGCCAUGCUCGACUGCAACGCUGAGGAGUUUGUGAAAGAAGCUGCUGAGGUCCCAGACUUUCUGGAAGAAGUGGACAAGUGCAGGAAGAUCUGCUGUGCCGACGCCGCAGAGGGUUCUGGACGAGGAGAAAAACACCCAGAGGUGGUUUUCUUGGGAACAGGAUCGGCUCUUCCGAUGAAGAUCAGGAACGUCAGCGGCACUUUAGUUAACAUCAGCCCGAGUCAGUCGGUGCUGUUGGACUGCGGGGAGGGAACCUUCGGUCAGCUCUGCAGACACUACGGAGACGCUGUGGACGACGUUCUGUCCAAGAUCUCAACUGUCUUCAUCUCGCACCUGCACGCAGACCACCACACGGGUCUGCUCAUGUUGCUGUAUGAGAGGCAGAGAGCGCUGGCGGCGUUGGGAAAGGCGUUCAGCCCCAUCUACCUGGUGGGUCCGGCUCCCAUCAUGACGUGGCUCAACCAGUACCACAACUUCUGUGAGGAGAUCCUGGACCACAUCAACUUCAUCUCCAACCGACACCUGUCCAAAGACGCCGAGGCUCCGACGCAGAGGACAAAGUCGCUCAUCCAAGCGCUGCUGAAGAAGAACGAUCUGAAAGAGUUCCAGACGUGUCUGGUGCGUCACUGUAGGAACGCCUUCGCCUGCAGCUUCACCCAUCAGUCAGGCUGGAAAGUGGCGUUUUCAGGGGACACCAUGCCCAGCGAGGCCUUCGUACACAUGGGAAAAAAUGCAACCUUAGUGAUCCAUGAGGCCACGCUGGAGGACGGGAUGGAGGAGGAAGCCGUAGAGAAAAGGCACAGCACGACCUCCCAGGCCAUCGGCGUCGGCAUGAAGAUGAACGCCGAGUUCAUUAUGCUGAACCACUUCAGCCAGCGCUACGCCAAAAUCCCCCUUUUCAGCGAGGACUUCACUGACCGAGUCGGGAUCUCAUUCGACCACAUGAGAAUUCGCUUCGGGGACUUCAAAAUCCUCCCCAGGCUCAUUCCCGCACUUAAAGCUCUUUUCGCCGAAGUGAUCGGCGAGAUGGAGGAGAGAAGAGAGAAGAGGGAGCUGAGAUAUCUGAGAGAAAGUGUCUCGGAAGCGAACGGCGAGCAGAACACGAGCGGCGCGAGUCGAGGUGCUAAGAGAGACCAGGAGGAGGCGGCGGCGGUGGCGACGCACAGCGUAGAGAUGAAGAGGCUGAAAACCAGCUGAAGUCUGAUUUAAACAGACUUCAGCUGGAAGGAUGUUAACUGAAAGCAACCUGAGUUAUUAAUUUAAAUGAAUUAAAGAUUUUUAUUUGGCUUGUGUGGUUUCAUUGAAGAAACGUGUAUAUUUCUCACAUCAGAGCGUACAAAGCUAUAAAUAUAGUUUUUGUUUUUCAUUAAACUGAAUAAAGCAGUACCUCAGUGUGGAGUUUCAUACA